CAUUUUGUUUCAACUUAAAAGCACAUAUGAUAGCAUUCGAAACCAGGGAGUUCAUCUCGGACCUACAUAAUCUCUCGUUGAGACGGUGAAGGUGCUCUUGUCUGGUUUCUGCUGAAGCUAAUUGGUUAGUGCUUUUGGAGAAUGGAGGAUUCAGAAGCCAGGAGGCUGGCAGGAGAGAGGGUGGCGAGCAUCGCUUCCAGUCUCGGAUCCAUGAGUCAGGUUGAGACAUCGGUACGGGAGGUGAUUCAAGACUCGAACAAGAUGCUUUGCUCGGCCACACCCUUGACACCAAACGGUAAGAGACGUCAGAUGAUAAAGAUGUUAACCCUGACGCUGAUGCCUAUCAUUGUCCUGACAGCCCUCGCCAUCUCCGAUCUCAUCGCUACCCUCAAUAAGAGUGUAGAUGCCAGCGAGAUCCGGAGGAACGUUCGCUUCAGUCGACAGGUUGGUACCCUGGUUCACAGUCUACAGAUGGAGAGGGACAUGACUGCGCUCUACAUCAGCUCUUUGAUGCAACAGAAGACCGCAGCCACCGGACCAGAAAGGAAGAUCUUCCUGAUCAAUACCUACCCGCUUACCGACGAAGUCUUGGAGAGUUUGGACGAUUGGCCCGUCAAGGGAACCAUGGCUUACCAACAGUUCCAAAACAAAGAGGCCCUGUUGUCGUACCUCUUCCAGUACCGUCUAACCCUCGACAUCCACAACACAACCAUCUACGAAGUCAUCCAUUUCUACACCGACGCCAUCCAGCUCUUUAUCGACUGGCUCUACGAGAGUGUAGGCAAGUCCGGCGGUCAGGGUCUCUGGGAGACACUGGUAGCUUACCAGCUAUUGAUCGUGGGAAUGGAACAGACUGGUAUUGAGCGCACGUUGGGGGCGGUGUUCUAUACGCAGGGUGGCUUCAAUCGGUUGACGGAUUACCGCUGGUAUAUGGAGAAGAUGCAGGUCGGUCAGUCGAACAUCUGGGCGUCGCAGAAGUACUCUCAGCUCGUCCGCAUGAUCCUCGAGGACUCGAUCGAGAACUCUGACCACGACUUCCACUUCCAGAAUACGAUCACAGAGAUGCGCUCCAUCAUUUCGUACAACAACGCCACCAGGGAACCGUCUUGGCAGGAGGGACAGUGGUGGUUCGACAACAUGACCAUCUAUAUUGAUAUCCUCAGGGAUAUCCAGAAGAACAUGGCAGAGGUGAUUCUCAACGAACUGAACUCCGCUGUGACCACCGACAACGCCGAUCUCGCCGUCAGCAUCAGCAUCAUGGUGUUAGUCGUUUUUCUUUGUGUCAUCAUAAUCAAGGCCGUUGAAUCACUCACUUCUAACAUGCAGAACUACGUUCUUACGCUGGCUGACCAAACCAAGGCGCUUCAUAAAGAGCGAAAGCGGACGGAUACGCUGCUCUAUCAGAUGUUGCCUAUUUCGGUUGCCGAGAACCUGAAACGCAACCAGGUCGUUCACGCCGAAAACUUUACAGCAGCCACGAUUCUGUUUUCGGAUAUUGUCGGAUUCACUCGGAUCUGCUCCGAAAGUUCCCCACUGCAGGUGGUCGACAUGUUGAACAAUGUGUACACAAACUUCGAUAGCAGGAUCGAUACCUACAAUGUGUACAAAGUAGAGACGAUCGGAGACGCGUACAUGGUUGUAUCAGGCGUUCCACAGCGUAAUGGGAACAAACACGCCAGUGAGAUCGCCUUGAUGGCUCUGGACCUUCUCAACUGUAUCAAAGGUUUGGUCAUCCCCCAUCGACCUGGUACUAAGAUGACACUCAGGAUUGGAAUACAUACUGGACCGGUGGUAGCUGGUAUUGUUGGUUCCAAAAUGCCAAGGUACUGUCUCUUUGGCGAGACUGUCAAUAUUGCAUCUAAGAUGGAGUCGAAUGGAUUACCAAAUCGGAUUCAGAUCAGUGAUGAUUGCCAUCGCAUUCUUAAGAUCACGGGUGGAUACACUAUGGUUCGCAGAGGCGAGGUGCUACUUACGGACAAAGGUACGAUGACGACCUAUUGGUUGACUGGUAGGACCGCCGGGACUAUUGGAUCGGCUUACUCCAGCGAGCAGAACGAUCAGAGCGACAGCGACUGUGAUUUAACGCUGAACGUCCCCGAUGAUUCUCCACCAUCCAUGGACAUAGGCAUUCACGACUUCUAGUUGGUCGUCUUCCAUGGAAUCCGAUCACAAAGACCAUGUUAGGGAGCGAUAGUGGCGAGGGGAAGAUUAUGGUCCAGAACAGUGAUAGAGGAAAUGACAUAGACAGAGUUAUUAUGUAUUUAGGAGGGAGGGGAG